AUGGAACAAAUCAUAAAUCAUAUAAAAAAUAGAAAAUUAUUCAACGAAAAAAAACCGCAGGGGAUUUGCGGUCCGGCCAUGGUCCAACCGCAGGUCACUUGCGGUUGGGCAUUUUCUGGUUUUUUUUUUUUCGUUUUUCAGUUUCGGUAUUUACCUCGUCGGAGUCGCUACUCAUGAUUGAGACGUCCUACGGACGAUAUUGGCUUCAAAAUGACGAUGAUGGAUUUUUCUCUCCUUAGAUAGUGUUUUUUUAGUCCAAGUGGUGUUUGUUUGAUAAAAGGAAGGUAAAGAAGAUAGGGGGUUAUAAGUGUAACUUUAAACUUUUUUAGAGCGACCUUUAGCAAUUCUAAGGGCGACCUUUAGCAACUCCAAAAAAAUGGCUAAACUUCACAUCUUCACCAACCCAUUCAAACAGUCACCGAACCACACAGCUCUCGCACCUAACCCAUUUCCCUUCCCAUCUUCACCUACCCAUUCACAACUUCAUUCCUCAUCGUCGACGACCAGCUGACCGGCUGUAUUAACCAACCAAAACGGAGGAAUGGACUCCGGCAACGUCCUGUUGGCUUCGGGUUCAAUGGGCGGCGGCGGAGGAGCGCAGCUCAAGAAUCCAACUCUCAUCUGUGUUCCAAUCAUGGCGGAUACAGUCGACGAGAUGCUGGUCAAGGUUGGCCAGGCCAAGUCCGCCAGUGCCGAUCUCGUGGAAAUUCGAUUGGAUUAUUUGCGGAGCUUCGUCGAUCCUCGCGGGGAUCUGGCCGCGCUCGUCAAUGGCUCUUCCUUGCCCACGCUUUUCACCUACAGGCCGAGAUGGGAGGGAGGUCAGUACGAGGGCGAUGAAAGCAAGCGAUUGGAUGCGCUUAAGCUAGCCAUGGAUUUGGGAGCCGACUACAUUGACGUUGAGCUUCAGGUUGCUGGUGAUUUCAUUGGAUCUUUACAUGGAAGCAGAACAUCAAAAUGCAAAGUCAUUGUUUCUUCGCACAACUAUGAAUGCACGCCAUCUGUUGAGGACCUCGGUGACCUUGUCGCAAGAAUACAAGCAACUGGAGCUGACAUAGUGAAGAUUGCAACCACUGCCUUAGAUAUUACUGAUGUGGCGCGCAUGUUUCAAAUUAUGGUCCAUUCUCAAGUUCCAUUCAUAGGACUUGUUAUGGGAGAAAGAGGUUUGAUUUCAAGAGUACUCUGCGCCAAAUUUGGGGGAUAUCUCACUUUUGGCAUCUUGGAGUCUGGAGUGGUCUCUGCCCCUGGGCAGCCAUUGGUCAAAGACCUGCUGGAUCUAUACAAUUUCAGACAAAUCAGUGCUGAUACCAAGGUCUUUGGUAUAAUAGGGAGGCCAGUUGGCCAUAGCAAAUCACCUGUUCUAUACAAUGAAGCAUUCAAGUCAGCUGGUUUUAACGGGGUUUAUGUGCACUUGUUGGUGGAUGAUCUUGCAAGAUUUCUCCAGACUUACUCCUCCCCGGACUUCGCUGGGUUCAGUUGUACGAUUCCUCACAAAGAGGAUGCUGUGAAGUGCUGUGAUGAAGUCGAUCCAGUUGCAAAGUCGAUAGGAGCUGUUAAUUGCAUUGUAAGGAGAGAAAGUGAUGGGAAGUUAUUUGGUUUCAAUACUGACUAUGUUGGUGCCAUUUCUGCCAUUGAGGAAGGACUUCAAGCUUCAGGAAACGGCAGUAGCAGCCUAUCUGGUUCACCCUUAGCUGGUAAGUUGUUUGUGGUCAUUGGUGCUGGAGGUGCUGGUAAAGCACUUGCUUAUGGCGCAAAAGAAAAAGGAGCGAAGGUUGUCAUUGCCAAUAGGACUUAUGAUAGGGCCAAAGAGCUCGCAGACACAAUCGGGGGAGAAGCCAUCUCCCUAGCUGAUCUGGAAAAUUUCCACCCAGAAACUGGCAUGAUUCUUGCAAACACAACGUCGAUCGGAAUGCAUCCAAAAGUGGAUGAAACACCCGUCCCCAAGCAUGCUUUGAAACAUUAUGCCUUGGUAUUCGAUGCCGUCUACACCCCCAAGAUAACCAGGCUGUUGAAAGAAGCUGAAGAGUUUGGAGCAGCGACCGUAUCAGGUCUGGAGAUGUUCAUUGGGCAAGCAUACGACCAGUUUGAGAGGUUCACUGGAUUACCAGCUCCUAAAGAACUCUUUCGUAAGACCCUGUCCAAGUAUUGACAUUAGCAUGGAAGUCCUUUUUUCGGAACCGUGCAUCUUGUCAAUGGAAUUGAUACCAUGAAAGAAGAGUAUUCUCCCUUCUUCCCUCUUGUGCUUUCAUUUUCGAUGACGACGAAUUGGCAGGACAAAAAGAAUGCUUGAGGUUAGUUAAUGUGUAACAUCGGCUGGAACCUCAUUUUUUUCAGCGAGGUUGUAUGGUUCCUUCCAUUGUAAUUCGCUGUUAGCCCUGAGAGCAUUCUUGUAAAAUUCCCAUUUCUCCACAUAUACAAUUGCUCUUAUGUGAGCUCGCUUAGUUCAAAGGUUAAAGCAUCGCAUUUGGCAAUGCCGAUACCUUUUUCUCGGUUCCUUCUUCUCCUUCUUCUAUAACCCGAGCUCGGAGAAGGAAGAGAUAAGAAGGCCCUAUGGAUUGGUGUGUUGGUGUCUUUGAAUUGUCUUUGCAUGUUUUUCAAACAAUGAAUCAGGUGUGUUAUU